UUUGUUUGAUCUUGUGUAUUUGUUCUUCAGUGAAGGUCAGCUGGCCACUUCAAAUUUUGAGUUGGCAACAAUGCUUUCACGUAAAGUUCUCACGAAGGAAAUUGCGGAGGCUGACAAGUCUCUUUAUGUCAUCAAGAGAGGUAUUAUGUUAAGUGUGUAUCAUAGAAUUCUAGAUGGUCGGCGUGAGGAAAUUCAUUGUCACAAAAUUACGAAGCGCGUGGAAAAUCUUUGUGAUGGGCUUCACCGAGAAUUCAUUGACGUCGAUUACAUUACCGCGCGGGUCGUAGCAGGACUAUACGCUGGCGUUCCAACAGCUGAGCUUGAUACUCUGGCUGCCGAGACUUGUGCGAGUAUGACAACAAAGCAUUAUGACUACGGUACGCUUGCUGCCCGCUUAUUGGCCUCGAACCUGCACAAGCAGACAAAGCCCAAGUUCUCUGAAGCUAUGGAAGAACUCUAUAACUAUCAUAACUCCAAGAAUGGUCUGUUUACACCGAUGGUUUCAGAGACCACAAUUAAUAUCGUCCGUGCCAAUUCCGAGCGCCUGGAUGCUGCCAUUGAUCACCGACGUGAUUAUGAUCUCAACUUUUUUGGACUGAAGACCCUUGAAAAAUCCUACCUUUUGCGAAAAGAAGGGAAGAUCGUCGAGCGGCCACAAUAUAUGUUUAUGAGGGUGGCAAUUGGUAUUCAUCCUGACGAUCUUGAUGCCGCGUUGGAGACUUAUGAACUCAUGUCCGGGAAGUGGUUUACUCACGCAUCUCCCACACUUUUUAACGCCGGGACCCCUAUGCCACAGAUGUCCAGUUGUUACCUUCUCACAAUGAAGGACGACAGCAUUGAGGGCAUUUAUGAUACAUUGAAGCAGUGUGCGCUUAUAUCGAAAAAUGCUGGUGGAAUCGGUCUCAACGUUCACUGUAUCCGAAGCAAGGGUACUUUUAUAGCGGGAACGAAUGGAGAGUCCAAUGGCUUGGUCCCAAUGCUCCGCGUCUUCAACAACACAGCGCGGUACGUCGACCAAGGUGGAAACAAGCGACCAGGUGCCUUCGCGAUUUACUUGGAGCCAUGGCACCCAGACAUUCUGCAGUUCGUAGAGCUACGCAAAAACACUGGCGCCGAAGAGACUAGAGCUCGUGAUCUUUUCAUGGCUCUUUGGGUUCCUGACUUAUUUAUGCGACGCGUGCGAGACAACGACAAGUGGACACUUAUGGAUCCUCACGAGUGUCCAGGUCUUUUCGAUUGUUGGGGUGAAGAAUUUGAAAAGUUGUACACAAAAUACGAAUCGGAAGGAAAAGGCCGCAAAACUCUUCCGGCACAGGAAGUAUGGUAUGCCAUUAUUGAAGCACAAAUCGAGACCGGCAAUCCAUUCAUGUUAUACAAGGACGCGUGUAAUCGCAAGUCUAAUCACCAACACCUGGGAACAAUUAAGUGCUCGAACCUGUGCACGGAGAUCGUUGAAUAUAGCUCGCCUGAUGAAACUGCCGUUUGUAAUCUCGCGUCCAUCUCUUUGGGACGAUUUGUCGACCCGGGAACCAAAACGUACGACUUUGAAAAGCUGCGGUAUGUCACGGAAGUCAUUACACGGAACCUAAACAAGGUUAUAGACUUAAAUUACUACCCCGUCCAAGAGGCUAAGAACUCAAAUAUGCGACACCGUCCCAUCGGCAUAGGAGUUCAAGGUCUCUAUGACGCAUUCGUGUUGUUGCGCUAUCCAUUCGACAGUCCUGAAGCAGCCGCCUUAAAUAAGCGCAUCUUUGAGACAAUUUAUUUUGCUGCACUAAAUGCCUCUUGCAAAUUGGCAGAAAAGCAUGGUCCUUUCCCAUCUUAUCCUGGCUGUCCCGUCAGUAAGGGCAUCCUUCAACCGGACAUGUGGGGAGUCGACACUGAAGAAUUGUCUAAGGCCUCUGGCCUUGAUUGGGCAGGAUUGCGUAAGCGGAUCGCACUCUAUGGAGUCCGAAACAGUCUUCUACUCGCACCAAUGCCCACGGCUUCCACGGCCCAAAUUUUGGGUAACACCGAGUCUACUGAACCUGCUACGAGCAACGUCUUCACUCGCAGAGUCCUCAGUGGCGAGUUCCAGAUUGUCAACCAGUACCUUCUGCAUGAUUUGAUUGACCUAGAUUUGUGGUCUGAAGACCUCAAAGCCGCCAUUGUUGCUAAUCAAGGAUCUAUCCAGCACAUCGAGGGUAUUCCUAAUGAUCUCAAAGCCUUGUACAAGACAGUCUGGGAGUUGUCUCAGAAGAAAAUUAUUGAUCUGGCGGCCGAGCGUGCACCCUUCAUCGACCAAAGUCAGUCGCUGAAUCUGCACAUGGCUCAACCAAACUACGGGAAGAUCACAAGCAUGCACUUCUAUGCUUGGAAUAAGGGUUUGAAGACCGGCAUGUACUACCUACGAACGCGGCCAGCGGCGGACCCCAUUCAAUUCACCAUAAAUAACAAGGAGAUCAGUGCAAUACUAGCCAACGGUUUCCGUAAAUCAAUUUCACUCCCCAAGAUGCCCGAAGAGAAUGACGAAAACAAAGCUCCUGAAGAGGCGUACAUUGCGAAGAUCUAUAAGAAGAACCUCGAAGCUAUAUCCUGCAGCCUCAACAACCCAGAAGGGUGUGUUAGUUGCUCCGGAUAA